GGCUAUAGUACGUCUCAUGGUCACUGCAAGCAGCGCUCCACUCUAGAUGCGCAUUCCUGCAGUCUCUCUUCCUCUAGUUCUGUCUCUCAAGUGUGUCUGACCAACAAAGUCAGAUCAAUGCUGUGCUUUAGUGCGGUAGAGUCCCACCUGCCAAGCGAAUGGACAGCCAACAUUCUCGUCCUUGACGCUGCCACAGCAAAGCAAGUAACGCAUCUACUUCUUGCUACAGAUGCUCAACAUGCUAAAGUCUUGCUCAAUGCCUUUGAUCCGAGCCUCUUCCCCGCGUCGUUCACGGAACCAGCACAGCGGCCUCGAGCUCGCGUCACAACAGGUACAGUCAACAACGAUCUCAUGGCUUCGUCUGACAUGUCCCUAUCUCUUCUGAUACACUGCGCCGUGUUUACCGCAUAGGAGGACGAUCGAGACCAAUUUGAACGCCUUGCACACGAUACACGCAUGACAAAGGUACUAGCACGACUACGACGCGUGUCAAGGGAGGUUCCAAGCGUAUUGAAUGCCGGCUGUCGAAUCCAUUCGCAAAGCGUUGCCGAGCUAAGGAAGGCAGUCCGUCAUCUUGAAUGCGACUUCACAUCGCUUGCCAGGGCGCAAGCGAACCGGAUUUCCAUGGCCAUCGCUCAGCAUGGUGCCAAGAAUAUGCAA